AACGUUCCGUAAAAUGACCAUAAUAGUUUUUUUGAUAGAUACCUCAGCUUCUAUGAAUCAAAGAGCUUAUUUAGGUGGACGCCCAACCUUACUCGAUGUUGCUAAAGGCGCUGUAGAGACAUUCGUUAAGGUACGUCAAAGAUCUCCAGAAAGUAGAGGUGACAGAUACAUGCUAUUAACGUUUGAAGAACCGCCUUCAAAUAUAAAGGCUGGAUGGAAGGAAAAUUUAGCAACAUUUAUGAAUGAACUUAAGAAUUUGAACUGUGUGGGAAUGACCACAAUGGGUGCUGCCUUAAAACAUGCAUUUGAUGUAUUGAAUAUUAAUCGAAUGCAGACUGGCAUUGAUACUUAUGGACAAGGGCGUUGUCCUUUCUUUUUAGAGCCUUCAGUGAUCGUAGUCAUCACUGAUGGAGGAAAACUUUCAAACAACAGUGGUGUCCAAGAGGAUUUCAAUUUGCCUAUGCAUUCCCCAAUACCUGGCUCUGAACUGACAAGGGAACCAUUCCGUUGGGACCAACGGCUAUUUUCACUUGUCCUUAGACUGGCAGGAACCCCUGCUAUUGACAGGGAUAUUGGACUCGUGCCCAGUGACUGCUCUCCAAUAGAUGCCAUGUGUGAAGUAACUGGAGGACGCUCAUACUGUAUAACAUCACAUCGUAUGUUAAUGCAGUGUAUUGACAGUCUGGUACAAAAAGUACAAAGUGGUGUCGUUAUCAACUUCGAAAAGAUUGGACCUGAUCCACUGCCUGUUACAAAUGAAGGUGGUAAAUCAGACCAGUCAGACAUAAUACUGUUAGAUGGUGAUGGAGACAGUAGGAAUGGAAUGGAAAAGGAUUGGGAUAGAGAAUAUUCAUCUCUAUCUGAAGAGGAAAGUGCAAACAAAAGUGGAAUAAGGCCAGGGAACAACCUGAUGCCCGCACUACCCCCUGCUAACAGCACUGCUUGGCAUUCCUGUAGAAGACUGAUUUAUGUUCCACGGUCUGCUCAGAAGGGAUUUGCAGUUGGAUUUUGGCCAAUACCAGAGUCAUUUUGGCCUGAUGUUAGUUCUUCAGCACUGCCACCAAGAUCUGCUCAUCCAAAUGUGAAAUUUACAUGCACUAGUCAAGAACCAAUGGCCAUAGAAAGCCUUCCAUUUGAUAAGUAUGAAUUAGAACCUAGUCCAUUGACACAAUACAUACUAGCUCGGAAGCAGCCAACAAUAUGCUGGCAGGUGUUCGUAGCAAACAGCUACAAAAAUUCAGAAGUUGGUCAUCCAUUUGGGUACCUGAAAGCAAGUACACAUCUUACAUGUGUGAACUUGUUUGUCAUGCCUUAUAAUUACCCAGUAUUGUUGCCUUUAUUGGACGAGCUAAUUAAAGUACAUCGAAUGAAACCAACAAAUGAAUGGCGCAUACAAUUCCAAAGCUACAUGCGCACAAUGCCUUCGUACUAUGCUGGUCCAUUAAGAAGAGCAUUAACUCGGAUGAAUGUACCAGGCAAUCUUGUACAGACACUGAUUCCAGAUACACUAGACAAUUCACUUAGUUAUAGUGUAUUGAAUUACUUGAAACGACUAAAGAAUCAAGCAAAAAUUGAGUUUGAUCGACUUUGCAGUGAAGUUGGAAGUAAGGCAGCAAAUGUAAAUAAUAGUGGGAAAGGUCUGUCUUCUCCGUCAGCAUCAAUAACGGAGGGAAUAAGAGUUACCGCUAGAUCUUCUCUCAAGAAGGAUCUUGUAUCACAUCCUCUGCUUCAAGAUAAAUUUACAUCAUUACGGGAGCAACUAAAUGAAUUUGGUGGUUUUGUUGUUGGUUUGGCGAGGGGAAAGAAUCAAAAAGGACGCCAAAGUUAUCGAAACCCUUUCGAUGUGCCUCGCCACUGUUUGCUGGAACAAGUGGUUCGUAUGAGAGCUAAUUUCCUUCAGUCUUCCCCUGCACAGACAAAGCUUGUGGAUGAUGAUUACCUCCAUAGCAUGCCUGUCGGCCAGAUGGGAAACUAUCAGGAGUAUUUGAAACGUAUGCAACCACAGUUGAGAGAAAUUGAAUCAACACCUGUUCGACAGCAUAUGUUUGGUAAUCCCUUCAAGAUUGACAAGAGAAUGAUGGUGGAUGAAGCUGACAUAGACCUUGUUGGAAGUGGCAGUGGAGGACAUGGUGCAAGUGGAUCUCACCGGAGUGGUACAAAAAGAACUGCUUCUCAUUCUGGUAUUGACCCUGGAUCACCUAGACCUCCCAGUAAAAGGAAACCUGGUCCGAUACCAAAAGAUGUGGUUGUACGCAGACCAUCUUCACCAUUGCCAUCACUGUCUCCUUCUCGUAGCCCGCCAUCUUCUCCAGCACAUGUUUGGUCAACUCCGGGGUUUGCAGCAGAUCCUUUACCACCCGUUUUAACACCCAUGUUACCUCUCCCAGACCGCCCAUCAUCUGUGAUAUCUGACUCUGAAAAUGAUGACUCUAAUCUCUCCAGUCAGGAUAUUGGUGCAUCGGGGCCACCAAAGUUGGUUAUGGUGAAUGGUGACAUCGGUGAAAAUGGGGGACCACCACACUUGGGACCACGAUGCGUUUCACCUCCUAUGCAGGAAACUUUACCUCCUCCUGUUCUUGUGCCAUUGACAAACCAUUUAUCAGAACAGUUUCCAUUGAGUAGGCGACAAUCUCCCCCUUCUAGCCCAUCAUUUACAAAUCACUUGACAUUUGGAGAUACAGAUAUGAGAGAUCAAAACUUCAGCAGUGCUAAUCAGAUAGGUAGCAAUCAUGUUGGUACUAUAGGGCCAGAACCAUCAGUCAGAGGACAAAAAAGUAUUGCAUAUUCUGAAUUGAGCAAGAAGGAACUGGCUGAAAUAAAGAGACAUAAUAUGAAAGUGCGGACUCUGGCGUACAAAGAAGUGCGUAGGCCAGGAAAAAAUUUUGGUCCCCUGUUUAACCACCUAAAAACUAUGAAAGGUGACUUAAAUGUGAAAAUGAAACUGAUGCGGGAAGUGAUCCAUGAAUCAUUGCGUUUUAAACGACGGACAUUAGCAAAUUUGCUUGAAGAAUUCUUGCACACAAUGGUUGCGAACUCUAAUCAUAACAUGUUAUUGAUUCAUCCUCAGAAUAAUAACGGUGCGACAAAAUUAGGAUGAAACAUAAUACAUAAAAAGUUUUAUACAGAUCUAUUACACAUUUUCAGAUGGCAGUAAGAGAUCUAUUUUGUGAAGUAUGUACUCCAUUUAUUGUAGGGAGUAAACUGUUGCCUUUGAUGUUUAGUAUUGUAGUAUUUGGAACAGAGAUCUGUCUGCUCACAGUCACAAUGGAUAAAGUUCAGUAGCCUCCAAAAUUGAUUUCCCAAGGAAAAUUUGUCUUUCUGGGCAUUAUUUUUGCAGUAGCACAACAAACUAGGACUGAUAUGUUAUCACACAAAUCUAAUUUGUUCUAAAUACAGAAGCAAUUCUACAUAAUGCCUGUGAAAGAAAAACCAAAAGAAAAUUUCAGUAUUUAUGUAUUUCAGAUCUCUCAACGUGAAGUUACAUUGAAAAGCAGCAUUAAAAACAGUUCAUCUUUCCUCAAACACUGCAUAUAACAUUAAACGGGUAUUUUUUGUAAAAACCACCAGUAGGAUGUACGUAGAAAAAGGUUGUCUGAUAACAUAGAUUUUUGUGGGCACUCAGUGCCAAUCUGUACAAAAGUGUGUCUGUUGUUGUUUUUGAUAGGUUUUUAACUUGUUGAAUUUACUAUUUUGUUGUGCUGUUCUGAGGUCAUGGUGAGAUUGGACAUUGUUAUAGCGAUCUUUGUGUUGUGUGUUUCAACAAUGUUUAAAAUCGAGAUGUCACCCCCGAUCAUGCUUUAAACAAGGGAGAGUGUUGAAGAAGAAGUAAUAGGACUCUUUUUUUUUUUAUCAGUUGGCUGAUAGUUUUAAAAGUGCUGGCUCACACCGUCUUUCGGUACCGAGAAUUUUAUUCCAGUGUGAAUAUUUGUUACAAAUGUAUUAAAUUAUUAUUUUACACAUAUAGAAUGGAGUGGUAAGUUAUUUUUCAGAUUUGGCAUUAUUGGUCUCCCACUUCUAACACCAGGUAAGUUCGCUGCUGUAGCAAAAUUAAGUCAUUUUAUAACCAAACACACAAGUAUCAUAGAAUAUUUUUGUUGUUGUUGUUAGGGAGUUGUUGCAUAAGCCCUUAUUGUGAAUUACAGUAGUGUUAUCAGGAAGAUCAGAAUAUCUUGACAUAUUCUUGUUUUACUAAGUAUUGGUUGUGAAUUUGGACUGAGCCAAAUCAAGAAGUGAAUGAAUAUCUCACACUCUAUCGUCGAAACACUUUCUGUUAAGAAAACUAGAUUUUAUUUCUGAUGGAAUUGUAAAGUUAUAGGCUAC